CUGAGCGAGCGGCGGGGGGGGGGGGCGGGAGGGCCGCCCAGGGCUGGCUUCCGGUUCCUCCAAACAUUCCUGCCUGACUCACCCGGGCCGGUGAGCUUCGAAGGCGGGCCGUCCGGCAACCCGGCGCGCACUGGGCAGGAAGCGCGCUCGGCGUCGGGGGCAACGGGGAAAGCGGCAGGCGCCCAAGUGCGGCGUCGAGGCUGGAGGGGCCCGGCUGCAGCCCCCGCGGGAUGGCCGAGCGGCCCAGGAUGCCUGCAUGGCUAAGCGCCCGGGUCAAGGAAGCAGCCCCAGGCCCCCGGGAGGCGCUUCCGGGAGAGCGCGGCGCUGCAGAACCCCCCCCCCCCCCAUCCCAGGAGCCGCCGCUUACAAACUCGUGGGAGAAAGCAGGAGCCGCCCACCUCCCGUGGUUGUCCCCGCCGCCGCCAGGCGCCCCGGCGGCUCUUGGGCGGGGCUGUGGGAUGCGGGGCCUUUGCUGUGGCGGGGGCCGUGCUCUGGGGCCGCCCGUGUCCGGGGGCGCUCUCAGGGCUGCUCGGCGCAUGGAGCCCCCACCAGUCUCCGGCCGGGGCCCCCGAAGGGCCUGGAAGAAUUCAGACGUGCAGUGGGUGCCAGGCAGGGCACUCUGUGCUGAGCCAGCCAGCCAGCUAGGGUCACACCAACGUUUUACAAUAGAGCCCAGACUGGAUGAGGGCCAGCCAGGUGAUUUACGCUGGAACCAAAGCCCCGACCUUUCGGCGUAUGGCUGAGACUGCAAGAGAUUUUGGGGUGGUUGUGGAAGAAGCCUUAGUGAAAAUGUUGCCUCUGUGUGCGGUAGCAGUGGAAAAGGCAAACUCCAGACUGGCGGCAAUUCAGAAAGGCCUGGUGCAUAACAAAGGGCCCGUUCUUGGGAGUUCCGGUCUGUGGAAUGCAUCCUCUGCCGUUAUGGCUCGACGGUCACAGAGUUCCUCGCAGGGGGACAAUCCCCUGGACCCCAACUACCUUCCUCCUCACUACAAGGAGUAUUACCGCCUGGCGCUGGAUAAGCUGGCUGAGGAGGGUGAGGAGAGCUACCACCAGUUCCUGACGGAGGAAGGAGCCCCGGACUUCCUCUGUGCCUCAGAGGUGGAGCACAUCACCCGGCACCUGCAGAAGCCCCAGUAUGGCAGCCAGGAGGGCGGCAGCAGCACGGACUCUGGCCCAGGUGACACGGAGGCGGAUGGCUCUUCUGGGACUUACUGGCCUAUGAAUUCUGACCUGGCCGUCCCAGAGCUGGAUCUGGGCUGGCCAAUGGUCUUUGGUUUUAGGGGCACUGAGGUGACAACUCUGGUGCAACCCCCACCCCCGGACAAUCCCAGCAUCAAGGAGGAGGCUCGCAGGAUGAUUCGUGCAGCACAACAGGUGGUUGCCAUAGUGAUGGACAUUUUCACAGAUGUGGACCUCCUGAGUGAGGUGUUGGAUGCAGCUGCCCGCAGAGUACCUGUCUAUAUCCUGCUGGAUGAGAUGAAUGCCAAGCUGUUCCUGGACAUGGCUGCCAAGUGCAGAGUGAACCUGAACUAUGUAGAUUUCCUGCGGGUGCGAACAGUAUCUGGUCCCACUUACUAUUGUCGCACAGGGAUGUCGUUCAAGGGGCACGUGAAGGAGAAGUUCCUGCUGGUGGAUUGCAUGGUGGUGCUGAGUGGCAGCUACAGCUUUAUGUGGUCAUUUGAAAAGGUUCAUCGGAGUAUUGCGCAUAUCUUCCAGGGAGAAUUGGUGGCCAGCUUUGAUGAGGAAUUCCGCAUUCUUUUCGCACAGUCGGACCCUUUAGUUCCUCCUGCCAAUGUCUUGAUGAAUACAGAGAACCUAAUGGUGCCUUUUGGCUUGGCACCUUUUGGCAACAAUAUGCCCUUGUUCCCAAAGAAGCCCCAUCUGUUGUUCCCUAGAGAAGACAACCUCUUCUCACCAUUUGUGGACAGAGUUGAUCCAGAUCGAUACUUCUUGUCUUCCUUCAGAAGAGAUGACCUGCUACGUCACACCUUGGAAGGUUCAGCCAUGAGAAUGUAUUCCAAAAAGAUUGAAAUGGAAAAUGCCCAAAUGGAUCCUGUCCGGGGCUUUCUCCGUUCCAAGCAACUGGAGCUGGAUUCAUUGAAAAGGCACAGCUUUGCAGAGGGAACCUUUGAGAACUUUUCUGCCUCAAAACACUAUUCCAGGCAGAUGUUCAUGAAUAAUUUGGAUGAAUUUAAAAUCCAGUCAAGCCAUUUCCAGAAGGACCAGUUCUAUCAGUAUCAGUUUGAACACCCACAUGGUACAAACAGGCCUCAGGGACUAUUUGAAAGAAUUCGAGGUGGCAGACCGGGGUUUGGUGAAUUAGAGGAUUACACAGAUGCCUUGAGGAACCCAGAACUGGAACCCAAUUUUCCCCAGGAGAAUUUCCCCGUGCGCCUGGAUUAUGUGCCUUCUAAUUCUUCCAAGGAAGUCAGACAUGGCUCUGACCAAGUGAAUCCAGCAGGAAAUGGUUUUCUAGGUCUACCACCCCUCAAACGGCAAAAUAUGGGGCAAAAAUUCAUGUGCCAAACAUCCCCUACACAGAAACAGAGCCUGGAACAAAGACUGUUUCUGCACGACCAAGGUCAGGACACUGAUCAAGACAAGAAAACACAGGAGAACAAAGCAGGUUUACGCAACUGGAGAAUAUCCUCAUAUCUGAGUGGAUACCAGUCUGAAUCAGAGGAAGGACUCCCGGCAGCAAUGGAGACAGAGCCCUUCAGUGAAGCGCCUGGGCACGCAGAGCCUCUCCCCAGGUACCCCAGCGACCUCAUCGCCUCUUUCAAGCCCUCCCUGGCACUUGCCAGUGCCAAAGACAUGGCAGGGGCCGACAAAGCAGGCGAGGAGUCCUCUGUCCUGAGGCAGGAUCCGUUCAGGAGCAGGAUAAAUCCUCUGAUCCAGAGGAGCUCUCGGCUCAGGUCUUCCCUCAUUUUUAGUGCUGCCAAGCUAGACCAGCAGAACGUGUCAGGUGAGAAAGUCCAGAUGAUCCAAAAAGAGCAAACAUCCACAGAGAUAACAAAAGAUAAUGAAACAGUCAAGACUUCCACUGCCUCCAAAGUGGCUGAGCUGCUGGAGAAGUACAAGACUGCAGGCAAAGACUCUGAGAGCACCACAGUCAGUCACACUAAGGCCAUGUCUACAUUUCUCCAGGAAGAGUCCCAGAAUGCAGAGAAGAAAUGUACUAAAUCAGUGCAGUAUAAAAUUUUGGAGAGCAGGGUGGUGGACUCAAAAGAAUCUUUGAGUUAUAAGCUGCACACAGAGUCAGAUGCACAGUUUGGAGUGUCCCCUUUAGCCAGCCAACUUGCUGAUGCCCUUAGCAAAGACACCAUAGCACAGAUCAACAGUAAUAUGGACAAGUUAUCUUCUCGGUUUUAUCCUAUAGACAACAAGCCCAGUCUUCCAGAGAAGGAGAGCCUCAUCUUUGUGGGAGAGACUCAGAAACUUACUCUUCCAGAAAAGAAAGAGAAACUGUCACUCAAAGCAGAGGCACAAGAUCCAGCUGGUACAGAACUGACAAAAACCGUCCCAGCACAGACCAGCACGACUUCUACAACUGAAGGCUCUUCGAAGAACCGGGACUCAGAAACCUCAGUCAGUAAACCAGAGGAAGAAGUUUGCAAGCAAGAACAGAGUCCAAGAGAAUUUUUUAGGAAAGGGUCACUAAGGCUAAAGCAGUUGUUAAACCCCAAAGGUGAGAAGAAGUCAGAAGAAGAAACUACUGCUGAGAGCUGGAAGCCAGACAAGCAGAGCCUGGGUCUCAAGCGAUCCUCCAAGGGUGAUCUUCAAGAAAUCACAGAGGAGGAGAAAUCUCCAAAGCUGACUUCGCCACCUGUCCUUAAAGGGAAUCCACCUCGGUUUCCAUCAUCCACUGCCAAUGUGCUCUAUAGCAGCAACCUCCGUGAUGACACAAAGGUAAUUCUGGAGCAGAUUUCUGCCAACAGUCAGAAGAACCGAGCAGAGCUGGCCAGGCAGCUUCCAGUUGCUGCCAACCCUGAGCUGUCCAAGUCUACAACCAGUUUGGACAACAAAGGUGACGAGAAAAGCACAGGGAUCAGCCGGUCAGAAAGCUUUGGCAGUCACAGGAGGCACCUCCAGAGAGACCCUUCGGAGGACAGGGAUUCCCUUUUGAAAAGGAUGGAGAGCAUGCGGAAGGAGAAGCGGGUCUACAGCCGAUUCGAGGUCUUCUGCAAGAAGGAUGAACACGGCGAAGAGGAAUGUGACGCAGAUGCCAAAGACAAGAAGAUGGGGAAGUUCAUGCCCAAGCUUUUGGGCACGUUCAAAACCAAGAAGUGACUCUAGACGUUGCUGCCUAUUUCCACCUACCUGGUCCAAAAAUACGCUGCCCAGGGAUAAAGUGGUGGUGGUAAUUCCCAGUGAUAAGACAGUUACAAUUACGCACCCAUCCUCACUGCUGAAAGGCUUGAGCUAGCCUGGGGGCUGGGUGGCAGGGGAAGUGCCAGUCACUAGAACAGUGACCAAAAGAUCACAAUGUGCUGUAGGCUUCCAAACCCCCUUUCCCAAAAAUCCCUUCAGCUUGCUCAGGAAAACCCCCACAAAAUGGAUCCUAUAGCCCCCAGCAGCCUUCUAGGACAACCAGUAAGUGAUACACUAAUCCGCCAGACCUGUGAGUUUCAGUGACUACUUUUUUGAUUAAGGAUCCAGAGGACUACAAUAGGCCAACCCUGGAAAAGUGUCUCUGGCUGAGCCUCGUGCUGUUAGCUGCAGCAGAGGUUUCCUUGGCUUGCGCUGACUCACCUUCUCAUGCUAUUUUUCAGUGGAUCUCUUCUUGGUUUGUGGGAGGGCAAGGCAACAGGGAAGUGGGACCCGGGCAUGCCUGCGGGGAGCAGGAUUCAGGGCAGAGCAAAGGGCCAAACAUGUCCUUGGCUGGCCCAGGCCACCUGGCAGAACAACAUCCUGUAGCCCUGGGCAGGCGUGGCUUCCUCGAAGCCCUGGAGGGAAGCACAUUGGAAACGAGAACAGCCUUGUCCUCUAUGCUGAGUGUAAGGAAAUGGGGGGGAUUGAGUUUUACUGAGGAUGGGGCAGAUAUAGGGACACCAGAACACAGGCCUUCUUCUCACUGCUGGCCCUGCCUCUGUUUGGCUCUACUACCUCAGGCUGCAUGUGAGGACUCACAUAAUCAGUCACUCCUUUAUAGAAAUACAGUCAUUGUAUAUACAAAGUGAGAGGUCAAGGAGAACGAGGAUUCCUUCCUGCCACCAUGCAUGAGUGUGAAGAGGCUUGCAAAAGCAGUCGCUUCUGACAUUCGGUGGUCCUGUGGAUCAGGGUCCUCCAAAAUGUCCUCUCCUUAAUAGCCUUGCACAAGCCUUGCAAAUGGAAAGCCACGGCUUCCUUGAUGGAAUCCCUCCACCUCCUAUUGGGUCUCCCUCUUUUCCUGCUGCCUUCCACUUGUCUGACCACUGUGGCCUUUUUCAGUGAGCCUUUCCUUCUAAUAAUGUGGCCAAAGAACUGCAGCAUCGGUUUAGUCAUUGCAGCUUCUAGGAAGAGUUCAGUCUUAAUUUGAUCUAGAACCCCCUGGUUUGUCUUUUUUGGUGGUCAUGGUAUCCACAACACACUCCUCCAGCCACCCAUUUCAAAAGGAAUCAUUUUUCAUCCUGUCUUUCUUCAUUGUCCAAAGUUCACACCCAUACAUUGUGUGUGUGUGUGUGUGUGUGUGUGUGUGUGUGUGUGUGGCGCAUUUCCACCAAGUUGGGCUCUGGUGAAGGCAGAGAUGCACCUUCUGCAGGACAGCAGAUUCCCUGCCCCUCCCCCACCCAAUCAGAGCCCGAGAGACAGAGAAAGAUCUUUGUACCUUAGGCAACCCACUCCUAGAUGUCUGCAUUUCCCAGAUUUCCUUUUUCCCUCACACCCCCUUUCAUAUCUGGGAGGGGUCAUCCUUGAGCACUCAGGAAUGCUUAUCAGAGCUGUCAGGGCAGGGUCUCCAAGCAGGCAAAAAGGAGAAAGCCAUGAUGCGAAUGACGGAAUGAGCCACAGCAGAGGGACUUGCCUCGUUGGACUCUCUGCUCAGCCACCACCAGCCUCUUCCCCGGCCUAGAGCAAGAGGCAAUGAGGACAGCCUUGGAUGUAUUCUGGAACAAUUGGGAGCAUUUGCCAGACUGAAAAAUAAACCUGUACAUAAA